AUGGGCUCCGUCUGGUCUGGUCCGACGCCUAGCGCUGCAGCCAGCAGCCCGGCCUUGCCAGCUCAGCAGCAGCAGCAGCAGCAGCAGCAGAAGCAGCGCUUCCGCGUCAAGAAAGUCGCCAUCGUCGGUGCAGGCCCGGCUGGCUUGGCCGCGGCCAGGUACCUCAGAGCCCAAGGCGCCGUCGACUCCAUCACCGUCUUCGAGCAGCAGCGCCAGGUCGGCGGCGUCUGGCUCUACAGCGGCCUCGCGCCCAAGGAGGUGCCCGUGCCGCAGCAGGAUCCCUUCUGGGGGCCCGAGCCGGCGAUAUGGCCUGACGGGGCGGACGCUCCGGUGUUUCCCUCGCCCAUGUACGAGAGGCUGCAUGCGAACAUUCCCGGUUCGCUGAUGAGGUUCCACGACAGGGAGUUUCCCAGUGACGCUUGGGCGUUUCCCAAGAGGGAGGAGAUUCAGGAGUAUCUGGUCCGGUAUGCUGAGGAUUUGAGGCCACUCAUCAAGUUUUGCCACGAGGUGACACGGGUAAGCUUGGAGAUCCGGGAUGGCAGAGAUCAAUGGCAUGUCGAGGCAAAGUCGACGCUGAAUGACGACGAGGUUGUUCGCGAGACGUAUGAUGCCGUUGUCGUUGCAAAUGGGCAUUAUUCAGUGCCCUACAUACCGGCCAUUACGAACAUUCAAGAGUUCAACAAGGCACAUCCCUCCAUCAUCACUCACUCAAAGCAGUAUCGGCGCAACGAGGGCUUCAAGGGGAAGAAAGUCGUCAUCGUCGGCAACGGGCCCUCUGGCCUUGACAUUGCGUUUCAGGUCAACCAAGUUGCCGACAAGACGCUCUUAUCCGUAAGACACGCGACAUCCCCAGAGAAGCUUGCCCACAUCGGAUGCGAAGAGGUCCCCGAAAUUGUCGACUUUCUGCCAGACCAGCGAGGCGUUCGCUUCAUAGACGGAAGCGUAGAGAGCGAGAUAGACCACAUCCUUUUCUGCACAGGGUUCUUGUUCGGUUAUCCUUUCCUCCAGGAUCUCAACCACAAGGUCAUCACCUCCGGGCGCGGCGUUCACGGACUGUAUCAGCACCUGUUCCUCAUCGAGCACCCGACACUUGUUUUCCCCGCGCUCAACAUGAAGUCCGUUCCGUGGCCCCUGGCCGAAUCGCAAGCUGCGCUCUUCUCGGCUGUAUGGGCCAACGAGCUAGAGCUGCCCACGGACGACCAAAUGUGGCGUUGGAGCAGAGAGUUGGAGGAGAGGCAAGGCGAAGCACUGCACGUCUAUCCAGCGGUGGGAGACGACGGCAAGCAUAUAAACGAAAUGUAUGACUGGGUGAAGAAGGCGAAGCAUGUCGGCAAGGAGCCGCCGCGAUGGGACAAAGAGCUCUUCUGGGAGAGAUCCAUCUGUUUCGAGGCAAAGAUCAAGUUCGAAGAGGAUGGGUGCAAGGCCAAGACGCUGGCCGAGCUUGGCUUUCACUAUGAGCCUGACGAGGAGGGAUUGGAUGUAGUAUGA